AAAAGCACUCGGCGACCGCACAGUGGGGCACAGUGACACUAGACUGAAACUUCAUGUUGAUUUUUAAGCUUUGUAGUCUUAUUUAGACCGACUUAACAUGGAGAAGACUAAAAGUAACAACAGUACUGAUUCAGAAACUUCUAGUGAUGCGGAAAAAAAGCUGAAGAGAGUGGAAAGUUCUGAAGUAGGAGUCGAGACAGGAACAGAAGCCACGGAGCCAGACCAUGGCAUUGCUGAGUUGACACGAGACAUGUUCACCAAGAUGACAGCGUAUAUCAGGGGAGAUCUCGCAGCAACUGCAGAGGACUACAAACUUCUGGAAGACAUGAACAGGCUAACAUCUAAGAAGUAUGAGGACAUGAAACAAAUGGCUACAUGUAUUGCCCAGGAUAUGAAGACCUUGGAUGAGAAAUAUAAGAACUUGGAACCUUACUUGGCUCAGGUGGAUCAAAUUGAAGAAAGCGUCCUCAGUCUUGAGCAGGCUGCACUCAGAUUGGAUGCAUAUGCCAGAAGACUAGAAGCUAAAUUCAAACACCUAGAGAAGAGGUGAGAUGAACAGGAAGAGCUUUGCCAGGGAUAUCUACUACAUUGUCCAUGGGCAGGAACACCACACGUCAACCUUGCCUACUCGUCAGACCUAAAAACAACUCUUACCAAUUCCUGAUAAAAAUCAUAUACCUAGGAAUAUAAUUCCUUUUACAAAUUGUUCUGAUAUUUUGUUUCAAAAAAUUGGACUUAUCUUGUGGACAAUAAAAGAAUAUUGAAGAAAAUAUUGUACUAUAUUGUAGGAACUGCUGUAUUGAACAAAUGUAAACCUGCAGAUCCCAUCCAAAUGAAUUUAUGUACAUAAUUCGAUUGCAGCUAGAACAGUUACAGGUAUUUGCCCAAUUUGUAAUUAUUCGUGCAGAAAAGAUAGAGCUACUUGUUCAGUAUCUCCCGUAUUGGGCCAAGUAAAAAAAUAAAGAAGUUUACCGUACCUGC